GGGGGGGGUCGGUUCCUCGGGGCAGCUCCCCCCGGUGGGCUCCGCUCAGCACCCGGCGGCUGGGAAGGAGGGUGCUGCCACCGGGACGGCACCUCCAUCCCCGACAGCGGGUGACGAGGAGGUGUCGAGCCUCCAACAGCCACCACUGCUGUGAUCCCACCAGGACCCCCGGUUGAAGGGAGAACAGCCCAGGGGCACGGGCAGAGCCACAGAAGCUCCAGUGGUCCAAGAGUGGCUUGUGCUGAGCUCCCCGGCCGGCUUUGGCCAAGGAUGGAUGCACGGGGAGCCCGGGGAUGGGGAUGUGGUUGUCUGCAGGGUUUUGUGGGUCAGGCAGUCUCCGUCAGGUUGCCCAAAGAGGAAGGAGGGUGAGCUGGCGGGGCUGCGAGAGCGGAACACGAGUGUAGAGGCAGACGGGGCAUCUCUCGCAGCUGUUCACAGCACCGAGCUGCAACUGGGAUCAUCUGCAGGUUUGGGGUCGGUCCUGCCCCUUGCUGGGUGCCCACAGGGCUGGGCUGAAGCUGGGAUACCCGAGGACGUUGGCAGGGGGAUGCCAGCUUGAUCCAGAACCAUGUCCAGGUACCUGAAGCAUUUCACGGUGGUGGGGGAUGACCCCGUGCAGUGGAGCAAUGACUAUCAGAAAUGGGAGGAGGAAGAGGAGGUGGUGGCUGGGGAGAAGCAGCCAGAUUCGGAGAUCAAGCUGGAGCCCACCAGGAGCCGCAUCUCCUUCCAGGACAUGAUGAAAAAGCUCUUCAGCUCUCACAGGUUUCAGAUCUUGGUUGUCUGCUUGGUCAUCCUGGAUGCCUUGUUGGUUCUUGGGGAAUUGCUUAUGGACUUGAAAAUAAUCCAUCCGGACAAAUACAAUAUAACCCCAAAGGUUUUCCAUUACCUCUCCCUUUCCAUUUUAACCAUCUUCCUGGUUGAGGUGGGGUUUAAAGUCUUCAUCUACCGCUGGGAGUUCUUCCAACACAAGUUUGAAGUGCUGGAUGGGAUCGUCAUCAUCGUGUCAUUCAUCCUUGACAUCAUCCUCAUAUUCCGGGAGCACGAGUUUGAAGCUGUUGGGCUCCUGAUACUCCUGCGGCUGUGGCGAGUGGCCAGGAUUAUCAACGGAAUAAUUUUAUCAGUAAAGACUCGCUCUGAACAACAAGUGUCCAAGCUAAAGCAAGCAAAUCUGAAACUUGCAACAAAGGUUGAACAACUGGAACACAGCUGUGUAGAGAAGGAGCAAGAAAUUGAGAGGCUUACCAAGAUAUUAAAACAGCAUGGACUCACCAGCGAGCAAAAAUAGGAGGCCAGUUUCCUGAGGUGGGAAGUCUGCCCUGGAGAGUGCAGUGUUGAAACGUACCAGUUUGACCUGAAAGGUUUUCUUGUCUCCUUGCUUUCUCUUGUAUAGUGUUGUCUGUAAACAUUUUCUAUUUGACCACACUUUGAUUAGAUCUUGGGAUUGCAAAAAUAAUUUUGCUGGAAAAUUAAUCAUGUGUACUCCCUGUAAACAGUGAUUUCGUAAGAUGUUUCUUGUACAGUUGUACAGUCAAAACUGCAAAAUAAUUUAAUAAAUACACAUCUUUACAAGCUA